ACAGAAAGUGGCCGCCUCUUCGCCGCUGCUGCCGGCUCAAAGCUCACAGACUCACUCGGCGCCUCAAACCGCCAUUUUGGAGUGAGAGAACCGAGAGUCGGCUGCAGCGACGACAGAGAGCCGAAGGAGUCACGGGGCCGAGGCUCUUUCCCAUCGGGCCAGUCCGUAACCGUGGAAACAGCCAUGCCAUCUGGUAUUGACCAGUGACCUUUCCUGCCUUUCGGGUGGAGGAGGUGGUGCUGCAUGGCUUCCAGGCAGGGCAGCCAGCUGGAUGCAGCAGCAUCAGCAGCCUCUGGUCUGGCCAAACCUCUUUACCUGCAGCGCUUAGAGAGAUCCCUGAAGUUGGAUAGUUUUCUGAAUCAAACCUCUGCUAUCUUCAAGACAGACAUCACCAGUGAUGAGAGUGAUGACAGUGACGGGGGGCUGGGGACAGCGAUGCCCCCCGAUUCCACGUUUCAGUGUGCAGUGGUGUCGGGCAAGAGCGAGGCGUGUGAGGACAGACAGACGGACUGUAAGCUCCUCAAUGGAGUACUGCCAGGUAAAGGCCAAAGGGCAGAAAGGACAAACCUUUACAACUUUUCCAAAAUGAAGAAGAACAGGAAAUGGCUGAAGAGCAUCCUGCUGACGGACGACACCACAGACUCGGACACAGACUCCGACGAUGCCGGGUUCAUCCUGUCCCGGGAGGAGCUGCACGACAUGCUGAGGCUGCACCGGUUCAUGAGGCAGCAUCAGAGCAAGUUCUACUCUGAGCGAGAGCUUUACCAGUAUCAGUACUACAGCACAGGGCUGCUGGCCACCCACGACCCUUUCUAUGAACAGCAGCGUCUCCCUGUGGGCCCAAAGAAAAAGAAAAUCAAAGAUGAGAAGAAAUUUAAGGCUAAACUAAAAAAAAUGAAGAAAAAGAAGAAACGCGGAGAAGGAGAAUUCUUGGAUGAGGACAGUCCUUUCAUCAAUAAAAUCUUUGCCAAGUUUUCCCAUGAUGCUCCGCUGCCCACGGUGAAGAAAAAGCAUCUCACUACGGAACAGCUGAAUGCACGACGACGCAAGCUGUGGCUCACUGUGGCGAAAAAGGAAAUCCCCAAGUCUGUCAAGCAGAAGACUUCCGCUAAGAACCUGGUUUUGACCAAUGCCAAGAAGCUGGCGCACCAGUGCAUGCGAGAGGUCCGGCGUGCCGCCAUUCAGGCUCAGAAGAACUGCAAGGAGACACUUCCACGAGCUCGACGCCUCACCAAGGAAAUGAUGCUGUACUGGAAGAAGUACGACAAAGUGGAGAAAGAGCACCGCAAAAGGGCGGAAAAGGAAGCUCUGGAACAACGUAAACUUGAUGAAGAGAUGAGAGAGGCCAAGCGUCAGCAGCGUAAGCUGAAUUUCCUCAUCACUCAGACCGAGCUCUACGCUCACUUCAUGAGCGGCAAAGCCAGCAUGGGGGGGGCAGGGGGUGACACGGCGCAGGAGGAAAUCCUGCGGAAGCUGGAAGAAAAUGCAGCUCAGAGACAGAUAGAGAUUGGUGGAGGGGUGAUGGUCAACGUGGUGCGGGAGGACUAUGAUAGUGAAUACUAUAAAUCCCAGGCCUUGAGGAAUGCCAAAGAGGCCUUCCAGAUUCAUCAAGAUAGAACACGAAUGUUUGACGAAGAGGCUAAAGACAGCCGCAGCGCCUCCAUUCAUGCAGCGGGGGGCCUCUCUUUGGGCUCUGGGUUUGGGGAAAGCUACAGCCUUUCAAACCCAUCCAUCCAAGCCGGAGAGGACAUCCCUCAACCCACCAUCUUCAAUGGAAAGCUCAAAGGUUAUCAACUCAAGGGCAUGAACUGGCUGGCCAACCUCUAUGAGCAGGGAAUCAAUGGGAUCUUGGCUGAUGAAAUGGGCCUGGGAAAGACGGUCCAGAGCAUCGCCCUGUUGGCCCACCUUGCAGAGAGAGACAACAUCUGGGGUCCAUUCCUGAUCAUCUCUCCAGCAUCCACACUCAACAACUGGCAUCAGGAGUUCACCCGCUUUGUGCCCAAGUUCAAGGUCUUGCCGUACUGGGGGAAUCCACAUGAUCGCAAAGUGAUUCGAAAGUUUUGGAGUCAGAAAACCCUGUAUACCCAGAAUGCACCUUUCCAUGUCGUCAUCACAAGCUACCAGCUGGUGGUCCAAGAUGUCAAGUACUUCCAGCGGGUCAAGUGGCAGUACAUGGUGCUGGACGAGGCCCAGGCACUGAAGAGCAGCAGCAGCGUUCGCUGGAAAAUCCUGCUGCAGUUUCAGUGUCGGAACCGGCUGCUGCUGACCGGAACGCCCAUUCAGAACACCAUGGCAGAGCUGUGGGCUCUGCUACACUUCAUCAUGCCCACGCUGUUCGACUCCCACGAGGAGUUUAGCGAGUGGUUCUCCAAGGACAUCGAGAGCCACGCGGAAAACAAGUCUGCCAUUGACGAGAACCAGCUCUCCAGACUGCACAUGAUCCUGAAGCCCUUCAUGCUGCGCAGAAUCAAGAAGGACGUUGAAAACGAGCUUUCAGAUAAGAUUGAGAUCCUGACUUACUGCCAGCUGACGUCCCGACAGAGGCUGCUCUACCAGGCGCUGAGGAACAAGAUCUCCAUUGAGGACCUGCUGCAGUCCUCCAUGGGCACGGCCCAGCAGGCCCACAGCACCACCUCCUCCCUCAUGAACCUCGUCAUGCAGUUCAGGAAGGUGUGCAACCACCCCGACUUGUUUGAGCGCCAGGAGACGCGCUCUCCUUUCCACAUGUCCAUGAGGCCCUUCGUCUUACCCAAGUUCCUGUAUCGUCACGGCCUCCUGCAGUCUCAGAACCGGGCCAGGAACAAAUUACUGCAGGUACUGCUGUCUCCUUUCUCUCCAAACCAUAUCCAGCAGUCUCUGUUUCACAGGACAGAUGGUGACAGAGGAAGCUGCUUCUCCUUCUUGCGCUUUAUCAAUGUUUCGCCCGCUGAGAUGUCCAACAUGAUGCUGCAAGGCACCUUAGUGAGGUGGUUAGCCUUUUAUCUGUCUUUGAAAGCUGCACACCGGCUCUAUUAUCAGCGCCUCUUUCAACAUGAUGCAAAGGAUCAGGAGGAUGAGCACGGGUCAAGGUUGCAGCCCGGGAUUAAGUGUCUGUCUCAUAAGGACCUAAUUCUGUGGAUUAACAGACCCCUAGCCUUUCCCAAUGCUCAAAGCAGUCCCGCUCUCAAGGGGUUGGUGUUCACGGCCUCCACACCCCCCAUACUGGGACACCGAGACGUGAAGAUCCACAGCAGGAGCUCCCCCACCCCCACCCUCAGGCCCCUCCAGCCCAUACUGACACCCAAGUUUCUGCUGGCUGCUGCCCCCAAGGUGAUGGCCGUUCCCUCGGAGCAAUACUGUACCGACCGCAGUGCUGAGUAUGAGUGGCAGAUGACCCGCAGUGGGGGGGGGUCCAUCUUCAAACAGUGUUUCCUCCAUGGCUCCCCUGAACUCGCCAUGGAGUGGCGCGACAGAGCCAACGUCUUCCACUCAGAAAGCCCCGGGGGUGUGAUGGGCCUGCGGCCCCACCAUGGAUGGUCCUUCAUACGCAUUCCUGAUAAGGAAAGCCUCAUCACUGAGAGUGGCAAGCUUCAUACCUUGGACCUGUUGUUGAGUCGACUGAAGACCCAGGGUCACAGAGUCCUCAUCUAUUCCCAAAUGACUCGCAUGAUAGACCUGCUGGAGGAAUACAUGGUUUAUCGUAACCACACCUACAUUCGCCUGGAUGGAUCCUCCAAGAUUUCGGAACGCAGAGACAUGGUGGCUGACUUCCAGAGCCGAACCGACAUCUUUGUGUUCCUGCUCAGCACCAGAGCUGGAGGACUUGGCAUCAACCUCACUGCUGCUGACACCGUUAUCUUCUACGACAGCGACUGGAACCCAACGGUAGACCAGCAGGCCAUGGACCGGGCCCACAGGCUGGGUCAGACCAAGCAGGUCACUGUGUACCGCCUCAUCUGCCAGGGUACCAUCGAAGAGAGGAUCCUGCAGCGGGCCAAGGAGAAGAGCGAGAUCCAGAGGGUGGUGAUCUCUGGGGGCAGCUUCAAACCAGACACCCUCAAACCCAAGGAGGUGGUCAGUCUGCUGCUGGACGAUGAUGAACUGGAGAAGAAGCUACGUCAAAGACAAGAGGAGAAGAGGCAGCUAGAGGAGAGCAGCAAGGUGAAGGAGCGCAAAAGAAAGAGGGAGAAGUACGCUGAGAAGAAAAAGAACGAGGAGUCGGACAACAAGAGGAAAAAGGAGGUGAACCUCGUCAUCUCCCACACGCCUUCGGCCGACAACUCCAACCUGUCAGCGGACGGCGAUGACUCGUUCUUCAGCGUGGAGAUGGAUUCAGCUAUGCCCAGCCCGUUCAGUGAGAUCUCUCUGAGCAGUGAGCUUCAGCCUGGUUCGUUGCCUCCAGAUGCAGAUGAAAGCAGCAGCGACAUGCUGGUCAUCGUGGACGACGCGGCGUCCUCCGCGCCGCAGUCCCGGGCCACCAACUCCCCCGCCUCUGUGACGGGCUCGGUGUCUGACAGCAUGAACGGUGCGGCAGCUUUGGAUACCAUCAGUCCUGGCAGAGGCAGGUCUGGGCGGAGCCGUGGACGGCCUAAAGGAUCUGGAGGGGGGGUCAAGUCUGGAGGGAAGGGACGCGGACGCAAGUCAACGGUGGGAAGUGCAGCAGCCAUGGCCGGGGCAAUAGCGGGGGCAGCAGCGGCAUCGGCUGCAGCUUAUGCUGCGUACGGCUACAGCGUUUCCAAGGCGGGCCACUCUGUGUCCAGUCCCAUGCAGCCCGCCUCGGCCCGGUCCAGUGCCGGUCCCGCCUUCCACACCAGCAGCAGCUGCUGUCCUCAGGCUAAAGGGGGUCCCAGCCAUCCAACCGCCCACAAACUGGUCCACAAAGGCAAAGGACCCGGCAGCAUGGGGACUUGGUGAUGUCAUCACGGCGGUCUGCGAGCUUACCACCAGUAUUUCCACGUGAUUGUCAGAAAGCACGCCUGUGCAGCGAGGGAAGCGUCUGCCGCAGAGCAGGCAGGCUUGAACCCGAGCUGGACAGGUAUGAGGUCAUCACAGCUGCUCUGGGCGCCGUCUUCCACGUUCUGGUAUUGUCAUAGAAAUGUUCUGUAGAUAUUCUGAGGGCCUCUUAGAUGAUUCUGUAUUUGGAGGUGAACAUCCAACAAAGAAAUAGCUUUUUUACUAAAGCUCCUAUUUUUCUAACUGAAGAUUUUGGUACAAAAACAAACAAGGCAGUUAAUGUUUUAAAAGAAGAAAUAGUUCAUAAAUAUAUUCCGCUUCCAUGGAAAAUGAAGGUUGGGCAUAUUUUUGUCAGAAUUAUUUUCUAGGUGGAGUUGUUGCCAUCACAGUAGAGCUGCUAUUGUUUUCCCCAUUCAGAUCAUUUUUGUCCACUAAUAAUUUAUUUGAGUUGAGACUGAAGUUAAAGUAGAGAAAACGUGUAAAUGUGGUUUCUGUUCCCGCUGGUUUUUGAUGUUUUAGUCAGAGCAGAGGUUCACAGAGUCGGGGUUAACGGCGUGACUUGCAUGUGAAGGUCUUUGCUGUAAAGCCAAAACGUUUGUUUAUAGACAGUUUUCUCACUUUGGAUGUCCGUUUUUCAUGUAUUCAUAUGUGGGACGAUUCAAAUAAAAUCUCUGGAUCUGA